AUCGAGUCCCAGCCUGCCUGUGAGGGGAUCACUUCCGGGGCGGGAGGUUCGUGCGCGGCAUCUCCACUGAAACAGUGUGUGAAUCACCGGCGGAGCAGCACAGUGAGUUCACACUCCCAGGAGCUGCACUCACACUCACACACUGAGUGUAUACACCCAGCACCCCCCCACACUGAGUGUAUACACCCAGCACCCCCCCACACUGAGUGUAUACACCCAGCACCCCCCCACACUGAGUGUAUACACCUGGCACCCCCACUCACACACUGAGUGUAUACACCCGGCACCCCCCCACUCACACACUGAGUGUAUACACCCGGCACCCCCCCACUCACACACUGAGUGUAUACACCCGGCACCCCCACUCACACACUGAGUGUAUACUCACACACUGCACCCCCACUCACACACUGAGUGUAUACACCUGCACUCCACACUCACACACACUGAGUGUAUACACCCAGCACCCCCACUCACACACUGAGUGUAUACACCCUGCACCCCCCCACUCACACACUGGUGUAUACACCCAGCACCCCCCCUGAGUGUAUACACCCAGCACCCCCCACUCACACACUGAGUGUAUACACCCUGCACCCCCACUCACACACUGAGUGUGCAGCACCCCCCACUCACACACUGAGUGUAUACACCACCCUCACACACUGAGUGUAUACACCCACCCCCACUCACACACUGAGUGUAUACACCACACCCCCCACUCACACACUGAGUGUAUACACCCCCACCCCCCACUCACACACACUGAGUGUAUACACCCGCACCACUUGCACUGAGUGUAUACACUCACACACAGGCACCCCCACUCACACACUGAGUGUAUACACCCGGCACCCCACUCACACACUGAGUGUAUACACCCCGCACCCCCCCACUCACAGACUAAAGGGUUCUUCAAUUAUGGGCAUUGGAACCAUCUUAGCUUUAGGGUGGUCACCCUUCUUACCCACCCGCUGGCAUACUUUGCACGUUUGGCAAUACCGCCGGACAUCGUUAGAGAUUCCCGGCCAGAAGAAGUUUUGGGUUACUCGGUAUGCCGUCCGGCUAAUGGAAUAUCAUGCCCAAUCCUCAUCAGCUCCUGCCUGUAUUUCUGGGAUACCACUAGCUGAUGUUUUUGCCUUGGCCCCGGGGCUUUGGUUCUGGAAUCUGUAAAUCCUAUACAACCGGCCCCCCUCCCACAUAUACUAUUCUCCAUCCAGUUCCCCUGGGUCAGAGAUAGCCUUUUCCCGGUAUCUUAGCAAAGUGGCGUCUCCCGCUACCUCUUUCCCAAAAUCUUCAGGGGUGUCCCAGGGUACAGGCUUUUCCGUCAGGGUCGGGGAAGCAUGUCUUACCUGGGUCUCUGGAGUUUGAGAGUGGCUUUCUGCAGCGUGGCUCUGAGCUUGGAUAGUCACAGCGUGAACCUCCUGGUUAGGUGUAGGCAUAUAGGCGGAAGUAAGUGGACCUAAGUCAUUUCUGAGGAUCACAUCUGCAGAUAAAUCCUUCAUGACUCCCACUUUCACCGUUCCAAACCCCACACCCCAAUCCAAAUGAACUUUGGCGGUAGGAAUCCUGUAGACGGCUACCCGUAUAGCGAUGGAUUUGCCGGGUGGCUCGUGGUUGUUGAGCAAGUAUCUCUGUACUAGGGUGAUGGUGGCUCCUGUAUCUCGUAGGCCUUGCACUGUCUUGCCAUUAACCAUCACUAGUUGUUGGUGGUGUUGUCGAUUAUCUCCGCUGGCGGCCUGCACCGGGUUGACCUCAUGAAGGAACCCCAAGGGCUCCUCUCUAGUUAACUCCUGGGCCUCCCAGGUAGAGGACACAGGGUAGUCGAUGGUGUGCACUGCUGGUCGGGAGCUGGUACCGGAUAGACGAUUCCACGUAGAUUGGGUAGGUUCCAUUGGGCAAUCCCUGCGGCAGUGUCCCACCUGCUUGCACCGGAAACAUCUGGGUCCCGUAGUCUGGGGAGGUCGACUAACGCCUGCUAGGGCUCGCUGUGGUGGUGGAUAGGUGCCCCCUGACAGUGGUGCUGGUGGCUCAACCCGUGCUGGUUGAGGUCUGACGGUCGUUCCGGCUUGCGGGCAUCCGUAUAUUCAUCUGUAAGCCGGGCUGCUUCUUACGAUCCCUCACCCAUUCCUUUACAUCCGUUUGUAGCAGCGCGAAAAACUGUUCAAGCAGCACCAGCUGUAAUAAUUCCUCCAGGGUGGUAGCUUGGCAUCCAUUCGCCCAGUGGGUGGCUGCCUGAUGCAGCCUGCAAGCCCACUCCGUGUACGAAUCGGUUGCUGUCUUCCUGGACUCCCUGAUUUUCGCCAGUACGCCUCUGGGGUCACUGCGUACCGGGCUAGGAGGGCUUCCUUCACCCGCUCAUAGCUGCUUAUGUCCUGAUCAGGAAUGGCUCUGAAUGCAUCAGCUGCUUUGCCAUAGAGCUUUCCAGCCAAAAUUGGAACCCGUUCUCCUUCUGGUAUCUUGUGUAGGGCACAUUGUCUCUCAAAAUCCGCCAAAUAGCCAUCAAUCUCCUCUGUAGUGUCCUCAAAUGCUUUGAAUGCGCUGAAGGGAAUUUUCUGCGGUUCGGGGUUAAAGCUGUAACUGCUCAGUGCGACCGCUGUAGUUCUCUGCGCCUCCACUAAGCGGAUUUGUAAUUCCCGUCGCUUAUUUGCAUUUUCAUUCGCACUGUCAAUUAUGCGAAGGAUGAUUUCUGGCACAGGGUUUGGCCCGAGCGCCAGCUGUUCCCUUAUUUCUCGGUCCACUUCGCUUUCUUCUGCACGAACAGCCGGGGUUCCCACAGCCAGGCUUUCCCUGUCCAGCUCCAUUAGUUCGCUUACAAUACGGUGCUUGGUCUUAUUGCUACCGCUGCCCCCUCGAACCUGCAAUAAGUCUUUCAGGGUGUUGCGCUUGAGCUGGUUGUAGUAAGCUUCCAUGCAUGCUCCAGGUUCAGCCUUGAAUGAUAAAUUCAUGAGAAAGGGACGAUCCCGCCGCUGCCACCAAUUGUGACGGUCCAACCAUCUCUGACAGUCUUGGGUUCCCAUUCUCCCAGUAGUUAGUGAAUAAUCCUUCCAGGCAGAGUGUAGACACAAGCAUAGCACAACCCUCCACACAUGAGCCGAGGCUUAAUGCUGGGUAGAGAUCUGUUUAAUGCCACACAAAGCAACAGUAUCCCUGCAGUAAGACCACUCCUGCUCUCAGGAAAACAAACUGACAGUAAAAAGGGUCAGACAGAGUUUGAAAAUAUGACCGGUAUUAAGGGUUUAAACUGUUCUAAGAGGGGGGGUGGAAUAAAACAGUCUAAGUCCAUAAAACAGGGUUUUUCUUCACAUAUACCCAGCACCCCCACUCACACACUGAGUAUAUACACCCAGCACUCCCACUCACACACUCCAGCGCCCCCGCUGAGCAUGUCCACCCAGCGCCCCCGCUGACACGCUGAGCAUGUCCACCCAGCGCCCCCGCUGACACGCUGAGCAUGUCCACCAAGCACCCCCGCUGACACGCUGAGCAUGGAUACCUAGCACCUCCAUUUACAUACAGUACUAACACCCUGCAUGUAGAUAGCCCUGGAUACACUGUGUGAGCGCGCCCUGCAUGGCGAUAGCCUUUCAUGCGUGAUAUGUUGUGGUCAUGGUGCCUGGAGUCUGUAUGUGCAGGGUUUCACCCUUUUGGUACUGGGCUCCAUAUCUGGCAGUUUCAUUGGAGAGUCAUUAGCCAGCCUGGAACAAAUGUUUUGGGCUCGCUAAUGUCAGUUUUGUAAAAGCCACAUCAUCUCAAUAUCAGGGUAUCUGUAAGGUAUAGAGAGAUAAAGAUGGUGACUGUCACAGACAGUCCUGAAAUGAUGAAUGAAAACAUGUCAUGAGCAGCAAUUGCAGCCUUCAAGAGAUCCUUAACCUGUAUGUUGAACUCCACAGUUAUUGUAAUGAUAGGGAAGAAACACCCUGUAGCAUUCCAGCUGCUGUGCUCCAAUCCUUCAGUGGAAAAGAUGCAUCUUAUGGUAUCAUCAGUAACCUAUACCAAAGUGAUUUGUGUAGAUUUGCUGCUAAUGUUUGGUAUGAUGUGUGUAACUGCCGCAAGUCUGCAUUGCAGCCAGUGACAAUACUAAGAUUACACGCAGUAGGCAUUUUAUAAAUAUCUGUAAAUCUACACAUUUGAGGUUCAUGUAGCUUGUAAACAGCUAGAUUGUUGCUGUUUGAACACCCUUACGUUUUAUAAAAUCUAUUAGAAUCCUGAGAUUGAUUUAAAGUGUGUUUUCUCCCCCUCAGUACCCAUACACAAAGCAUUUCCUUCUUUUACCUAUUCUGCUGGUCUGUUGGAUAUUUCGCUUUAAUUGAUCUUUUUUAAUAUGUAUUUAUUUUAAUGUCGUGGUAAUGCUUUUGUCUCGUCCUAGAUACAUGAAGUGGAAGAUUGCGGCAGUGUUCCUAUAUCUGAAGUAGAAAAGCACAUAUUGAACUCCCAGCUGAGAGCCAGUGUUUGAAAACAAUGCCUGAAAUCAAAUUGAAACAUGUGGUUUCCUGCAGCAGUGCAGAUAAUGUGAGUAACAUACAGUCUAAAGAAUACAGGUCGUUGUAUUCAGAUCCAGGUAUCACUUUGUGGUUCUUUUUACCUGUUCGCUAGCAUUUAUUUCUGGUUCAGGAUUGUGCUCAUUGUCUGAGCGUGUUUAACUGACGCUUUUAGGCAAUGAGGACAGUGCUACAUGCCUUGCUUAUUUCUAUGGAGCUCAAUGGAUUUUCGUGCUGGGGAAGACUGGAAGCGAAGGCUGCAGACAUCCAGCAAGACCCAAGUAGGAUUUCAGACCAUACUGUAACGGUUUAGCUAUUUACUAUAUGACUGCGCCAGGACCAGGGUGGUUAUGGUGCUUGGAGGGUUCCUUUAGUUGGUCCACUUGUAUUUGCAACACUGUGCAGUGUAGCUAUCAGGAUCUAAAAUUUUAAUUCCUGCACUACUAACAGGCUUUAAAAGAUAUUCGUCUAUUGGAAAGUCCAUUGCAUACUCACCUGGGGUGAAUUUGCUAUGGCUCCAUUUGUGUCUUGCUAGUGGAAACUUUGAGCACCAGUGGAGAUAUAUUAAACCACAGGUGCUGCAGGAUAUACAAACAUUUCUUUCAGAAAUAGGUUAGAGAAUUUUUUUAUCUCUGGGGUGGAUGUUGCAUUUGUUUCACGAACACGUCUGUUUUCCUCCCAGACUCACACAGCGGAGAACUUGCUGAGAAGUGAUACGUUUCACAAAUGGAGAUCCAGGCUAGUUGGCGAGAAGCAGGUCUCUGUGAUUUUGCAGGUAUGGAUCUUAGGGAACGAAGGAGGGGGACUUCAAAUUGUUUAAAAUAAGGAAUUUAGAAAGAAAAAUGCAUUUAAAUUGUUUCUUAUGCAAUCUAUUGGCUCAUGCUUGUAUUUGUUGUCACUGCACCACAAUGGUUGCGUUUUAAAGAGAUACUGUUCUGUAGAGGCUGUUAAAAGGCUUGCAUGUUACAAUCGUGACAACUUGGGAAAACAGCAUUUAUUUAAAAACAUGUCUAGGUCAAAGCAAAAAGCACACAGAAUUAUUGUGUAAAAUUGUAUUAGGUAAAUAGUGCAUAAUUCCCAUAACAGUAUUCCACUGAGGCUGUUUGUUUUUUGGUUCAGUUUGAGAAGGAGGAGCAGAUUCACAGCAUUGACAUCGGUAAUGAGUGCUCAGCCUUCGUGGAGGUGCUGGUGGGACACUCCACCUCUGCCAGUGAGCAGGAGUAUGAGGUGAGAAUUUAUAUCUUUUAAAUUUGCUGGAGAGAGAUCACUUUGAUAGUUAAUGAUGAAGUCCUUGGUGCUGGAACGUUCAAGUUUCAUAGUUACAUAGCUGAAAAGAGACUUGAGUCCAUCAAGUUCAGCCUUCCUCACAUUUGUUUUUUGCUGUUGAUCCAAAAGAAGGCAAAAAACCCAAGUUUGAAGCACUUCUAAUUUUGCAAAAAGCUAGGAAAAAAAUUCCUUUAUGACCCCAGAAUGGCAGUCAUAUUUAUCCUUGGAUCAAGCAGUUAUUACCCUAUAUUGAAAGAUUAUAUCCUUGAAUAUUGUUUUUGCAAGUAUGCAUCUAGUAGCUGUUUGAACAUCUGUAUGGACUCUGAUAAAACCACUUCUUCAGGCAGAGAAUUCCACAUCCUUAUUGUUCUUACAGUAAAAAAACCUUUCCUUUGCCUUAGACGAAAUCUUCUUUCUUCCAGUCUACCUUAAAAAGAUUUUUAAACAUUUUGUGUUGUCAUGAUCUCUGAUAAUUAAAUUAAGCUGUGUGUUCGAAUCCAUCUGCUUACGUUUCUUUGCUUUUUAAAUUUAAUCAGUCUGGUUAUUUUAAAGGUUGUCCUUGCCUCCCCUUCCCCAUCCAAAAACAAACCUUUUCCCUCACGUUUUAUAUGCUGGAUCCCAUAACAAAUAUCCAGCGUUGUACAUACGGGGACCACCAUCGUACUGAGACCAGACAUACUGCAAAGUUUUCUUUCUGUUUUGUAUAUCUGAUCCUAUCACAAAAGCAGUCCAUGAAACCCAGGCAGUAAUUCAACUGAGGGUAGCUUAGUAGAGAAACCUUUAUUUCAUAGAGUUUCCAUUUUUAUUUAAUAAAAAAAAAUAACCACCACCAAAACACGUCCUGGGAGAGCUUGCGUUCACAAAGUAUGUUUUUGGUGCAGUUCUCUGAGGUGAUAUAAAUUACCCCCCUUAAUACCUCUGUUAUAAUAUUUUACUCAUAGGGCCUAUUCUGUUUUGAAAGAGAGCCAUCUUUCUAAAUUAGAUCAGCGAGCUGGUGGGUGACAAAAUCAGUUUCAGGUGAUAAAAAAACUAUUGGAGAUUUGUUCUGGUGUGAGAUUGACCAGUCCGCAGGGUUAUUUACUAAAGGGAGUGUUGUUAAAAUUGAAAGUGAAUUUAAAAUUUUAGACCAAAAUAAUUGAAGUAGGAGCAUAGCUGACUGGGAGAAUUUUUCAAAUUCAACUAUUUUGGCAUUACAUUUGAAAUUCAAUGUGAGUACCCAACAAUUCCCACUUUAGUGAGUAACUCUGCCAUUGUAUUCGGUAUGUCCUUUGAAUAGAGUAUGGGAUUUGUUUGAGAUCACUGGGGCAUGCCAUGUUUUCUUUUUGGAUAUUUCUCUAGAUUGGAGAGAAUAACAAUUAACUAAUGUUCCCUUUGUGUCAGGUGCUUUUGGCCACAUCGUCGUUCAUGUCUCCUAGUGAGAGCAAGAGCGAGAAAAACCGUAACCGACUCCGGAUGUUUGGACCAGACAAGCUGGUGAAGGCAACAGCAGAGAAGAAAUGGGACAGGGCAAAGAUAGUGUGUACUCAACCCUACAAUAAAGUAAGUGAGAUGUCUGCAAUCUAACACAGUGUUUCUACAUUCAAUUCUCAAGCACAAACAGUGACCACUGGUCUAGUAAUUUCCAAGUUCUAUUAAUCCAGGAAAUCCACAUCUUUCAUACUGCUUGCGAAAUGGAUCAGACACUGAAUUAUUGUUUUUUAAACGCUUGGUCAUUUGUUCUAUUUAAUUAUUUUAGAAUCUGUGCUCAUGUCAGAAACUGUUGUUGUUUAUUUCUUUCUUUAGAAUAUGGCCUAUGGACUGUCAUUUAUACGUUUCAACUCCCCACCAGAGAAAGAUGACCCCUCACCCAGCGAUGUUUCUUCGGUAUGUAACCUGAAUGUUUCGUUGGUCAGUUUCUAGUCAUUUUACCCUGGGGGCUAGUAUAAUCACUCUAUGGAAAUAUUCUCAGCUCAGGGUUAUUCACCUAACUGAGAAUUCAAAGUGAGUUCAAAAAGAAUUUAACAUUUAUGGCCAAAGUAGCCAAACUAGCAAAAUUCAGUAAAGCUUCUCUGACUCUCAAUUUGGAAUUCACUUUGGAAUCUCACUUUAGUUCCAAUUCUUACACUUUGCCAGUUAAACAUAAUGUAGAGCAGGGAUGCCCAAAAGGUAGAUCCCCAGAUGUUGUAAAACUAAAACUCCCUUUAAAAUUACAAAACAUCAUGGAAGCUGUAGUUUUAAAAAAUCAGGGGAUCUACCUUUUGUGCACCCCUGCUCUACAUCAUGGUUAACUGGCAAAGUGUAAGAAUUGGAACUAAUCUUCUGUUCACUGAAUUAGGCACAGAACAUGGGUCUUAUCACUGAACUAGGCACUAGAUAAUUGACAAGAGAUUUUCAAAGUAAAGGCACAAAUAGUACAAGUUGAGAAAAAUCUCCAACUUUGCAUUUUUUUUUUUUUUUUUUUUUUUGUCUGAGGUUUUCAAUUCCUUCUCCACAAUUCCCCUUGUAGUUUAAACCCUGAGUGAACGGGAGAUACAAUGGUAAAAUAUUCAUCCAGUACAUACAUCAGUGAAAGCAGUUUUCACCAUUUAAUUAUUUUUUUUUGCACUCUUGUAUAGCUAGCCACAUGAUAUUUGCAAACCGGACAGCUUACUAGCAUUGUGCCAAAGAGUAUUAAAAACGUAGGCUUUAUUUCGUCUUUUCUUUGUUUUGUUUUUCUACAAUGAGAUGCAGCAUAAUAAAGAUAACACUGGUUUUUGAGUUAAUUAAAGCACCAUGAUUUCUACUGUGCAGAGAGUCACCAAGUUGGGCCAGUUUAAGGUGAAGGAAGAUGAUGAAGACUCGCCUUCUAUGCAACCCGGCAGUCUCUUUUUCAGCCGCACCAGCAAACCGCAAGACACUCCAUCAAAAGGUGAGUAUGUACACUGUAAGUGCUUAUUGUGCCAUGGUUACACGACUAUUGAAAUAAACCAUCACCUGUGUGCCUUCGCAGAGAGAAUGGUGCUGCAGGCACUGUCCUUGUCAUUUUCAAGCAGAUUGACUGAAAGCAGUAGAACACGACCUUCCCCCUCUCCCUGGACUGCUAAUGUUUCGCUUUUACAAUAACAAUAUCAGUUUUGCCUUUAUUUGGAUGGCUGUGAUGGGCUGAACAUGUCAGUUGAUGCUCUUAACCAAUAUGUUUUGAAGAAAUUAAUAUUACUGAUGUGAAAAUGGAACUAUAAUCACCUGCCUUAAAUAAGUAAAGUGUAAAAUACAUGUUUUUAGUAUUACAAAUAUAGUAUUCUAUUGAAAAUGUAAAUUCAUGCAAAAAUGAAGUAUAUACAAACUGUAUUUCAAAGCUUACGUGAUACUUUUCAUUGCAUUCUUUCUCUCUUGUACUGAGAACAGGAGAACUUUCUGAGCCCCUAAAUCUCAUGUUACUGAUCAUUUCUCCUGAUCUAUUUGCUCGUUUUGUGUAUUAAAUUAGUUCUCUCAAAGCAACAAAAAUUUUUAGAUUUUAUUUUUUUAAACAAAAAUGUUUUUAAUUUAUUGCUUUUUUUAAAAACAAAAUUGUUUUAUAGCUCCACAGACCACACUGAGUUAUGCAUCGGCAGCCUUGCAGGGCAGCAGCUCCACAGAGACCAGUUGUAACAGUGAAAAACAAAUGGUUAAAACGCCCCCCAGCAGUACAACUCAAAAGGUACAGCAUACACUGAUAUUCUCACUGGACCGAUCAUAAUUCGGAAAUGUAUCUCAGCAACAUGCGCGUCCAUUUGGAGACACAGCAGCAUUAUUUUAGGGGUCAGAAUACAGUAAUUAAAUACAGUACAUGUAAUCAAAGUAUGGUCAGCGCAGCCACUUGAGGAUUCUCAUUCACUUUGAACUAGAAGCGCUGGUGUAUGUCUCGCAUUUACUGAGACAAAAAUCCCAUUAUACCAGCGAAAUGGGGUUAGAGAAACAAAAAAACUUAACUAGUCACAGCUCAUCUAGUACAGAAGAACUAGGGACAACUCUUUUCACAUGUGCAUUAAAACUUAUUCUAUACAUGCAGGACCAUAGGUGCCCAGGUAUUACUAGCUGUGGCGAAACCGGCCUCGCCACGUGUCCUUGGAAGGGGCUGCUUGCCCGCCUCUUGCCUUUGGACUAUGGACCAGACUUUAUGUGAAUGUGUUAACCCAGAUAGCUAUGCCAUGGAGCCCAUUCGUGUAGUUAAAGACUUCGGCUCCAUGGCAAUUGAACUGUGUGAAUAGGAUCUGAGCGCUAUUCGGUAGUUUUGUGCGCUCAGAUCCCAGCUAUCUGGGGAUAUGUGAAAUGUCUGUGUGUUAUGUGUAAAAAGUGACUUUAUGUAUUUUAAAGUGUUUUGUGUCUUUUGCAACCAUGUGCUUAAUGGAGUCUUGUGUCUGUCCUGGGAGAUAAUUGAAUUACUUAUCUCCAGGAUAGAAGACUCUGAAACUGGUUUGGGCCAGAAAGCCAUGCUUCAUUUAGUCACAAAGGACUUUUUACUAACUUUUGAACCCUUUGUCUGAUUUGUGCCAUUUUUGAAUAUGUUGUUCCCCUGAAUGGAUUGAUUGUGAAUAUGUAAUUUUAUGUGAAUGUGAUGUAUGGUUUUGGAAUUAUGAAAGUUGGGUAGAAAGUAUGUUUUAACUGUAUGUAUAAUUGAGUUUCCUCUCAGGAUAAGGGGAGGGAAUAUGUAGGAUGUAACUGUGAUGUGAUUGGUUGUUUUGUAACGCCCUGUGGGCUGUACUAUGUUUGUGGAUUGGGAAUAAAAGAGACUGUAUGUGACAGUACAGGAGUUCCUGUUUUAACCCUCAAAGUGAAGUGUCGUCUCAUUAUUGGGGGAAGGAUUCAUUGUAUGCUGUUCCAGUUUGAAUGCUAGGAGAGUAAACCUAUUCGUAUGGUUCCUAUUCAACUGUCUACAGCAUUCAUAUGCUUGAGAGGAUUCAUAUGCUUCUCCGGUUCGGUGGUUGUGGUGUCUGCUGCAGUGCUUGGAGUCCUCAGGAAGCGCUGGGAGCAUCCUUUAACGGAGGUACCCAGUCGGGGUGCCAGGCGAUCCGUUACAUUGGUGGCAAGCAGUGGGAUGGCAUCCUAGUGCGAGGUAAAGCAGCUCAGAGACACAGUUCGUUUGGAUUUACAAAUUGAAGGCGACGCUAGUGUUUAUACAGCGUCCCUGUCUACAUAAAGAUUUGGGAAAAUGGGGUUCGUGGAUCCUUGGGCAACACGCACACCUGAGGAAGAGAGUGAAUUGGAAUGGAGAGAUAUUGCCCGGCAAGAACUAUGGUACGAUGCCCUGGAGGAAGUCCAGUAUCAACGGCAGCAGCACCUUCCUGGUGUCGCAUACCGGUUGGAGGAACAAAUGGCCUGGCGGAUGCCGCUUCUGGGAGACCAACCCGGAGGGCAGCAGGUCAGACAACUUGAGUACCUCGUGGAAAGGGAACUGAGCCUUGACGCCUCAUACCGGGCACUGUGGUGGUGCACUGUCCAGCCAGAGACGUGGAGGGCAGAGGGCAUCCAGCCGGAGGGAGAGAACUACACUAGCCCUGGCCUGUUGUGGAAGGCCUUAGCAGAAGACGUCGACUUUGGCAGUCCAGCAGAGUCACGGUACUGGGCUAUCUUUUAUUACCGAGGUGAGAUGGUACAGGGCCCGAGAUCUAUGGGACUGGGACAAGACCUCCACCGUUUGGCUGCCAUGGAACGACAGCUAGAGAUGGACUAUGUGGAACUACUAAACUCAUGUCAGCCACAGGGCAUGGACACAGAACAGGAAAACUGGCUGGGGGACCCAGACCUGCCAACCUACAGCUGGGAAAACGCAGCCGAGGUACCCCCUGCUUCACUACCAGCUGCAGAAGUAGGGGACCUCAUAGACUGGUCCUGGGAAGACCCACAAAUGGCAGGUGGAGAUGGGAUGGCGGUCUCUCUACCGGCCCUACAGGGAUGCUGGGCGGUCGGCCCAGAUCUCCAGCGGCAGUAUGUAUCACAGGGAGCUGAAGGUGCUGUCCUUCCUCCCCAGCGGCAGUGUGAGUUCCAGGGAGCCGAAGGUGCUAUCCUUCCUCCCCAGCAACAGUGUGAGUUCCAGGGAGCCAAAGGUGCUGUCCUUCCUCCCCAGCGGCAGUCUUUUUCCCAGGGAACGGAAGGUGCAGUCCUUCCUCCCCAGCGGCAGUGUGUCCUGCAGGAAGCGGAGACAGUCUGUCUUUCACCCCAGCCGCAGGACAAAAUAUUGAAAGGGGAGACAGUUGGUCCCCCUCUCCACCAGCAAAGAGAGUGUCAGGGAGAGGAGCAGGUUACCCCCUCUCCCCAGCGGCUGUCUACAGUUCAGAGAGAGGAGCUUGUUACACCCUCUCUCCAGCGGCAGCCUAACCCACCAAGGGGAGAUGUUAAGCCCCACAACUAUGCAGAUGGGACCGUAGUCUCUGCACUUGCAGCACCAGGGGUAGGGACAGUCGGUCCUGUCCCCAGCCACAGAGCAGUGUAUCCAGAGGGGAGACAGUCGGUCUCCCCCUCCCACAACCAGGCUCCAACCAGGCUACUUCAGUGGUAGCGCUGGCACCCGGGCAGAGUACCGCUGGUCUCUGCCCACUCAGCAACCCACCAAGGCAUUCUACCAGCCCCCCGUACAGCCGUGGUGAGGCACCUGGACACGGACAACUUGCUAUUUUAUCCAGGUGUAGUAACCAGUUAUUGUGGGUGGGCUGUAUUGCUGUUUGUGCUUCGUGGGUGGGUUGCUGGACUAACCAGGGCACUGACCGGCAGGAGGUCAGAUACCCUGUUAGUCUGGAUGGUAAAGGGGAGAAAUGUGGCGAAACCGGCCUCGCCACGUGUCCUUGGAGGGGGCUGCUUGCCCGCCUCUUGCCUUUGGACUAUGGACCAGACUUUAUGUGAAUGUGUUAACCCAGAUAGCUAUGCCAUGGAGCCCAUUCGUGUAGUUAGACUUUGGCUCCAUGGCAAUUGAACUGUGUGAAUAGGAUCUGAGCGCUAUUCGGUAGUUUUGUGCGCUCAGAUCCCAGCUAUCUGGGGAAAUGUGAAAUGUCUGUGUCUUAUGUGUAAAAGGUGCCUUUAUGUAUUUUAAAGUGUUUUAUGUCUUUGCAACCAUGUGCUUAAUGGAGUCUUGUGUCUGUCCUGGGAGAUAAGUAAUUUAAUUAUCUCCAGGAUAGAAGACUCUGAAACUGGUUUGGGCCAGAAAGCCAUGCUUCAUUUAGUCACAAAGGACUUUUUACUAACUUUUGAACCUUUUGUCUGAUUUGUGCCAUUUUUGAAUAUGUUGUUCCCCUGAAUGGAUUGAUUGUGAAUAUGUAAUUUUAUGUGAAUGUGAUGUAUGGUUUUGGAGUUAAGAAAGUUGGGUAGAAAGUAUGUUUUAACUGUAUGUAUAAUUGAGUUUCCUCUCAGGAUAAGGGGAGGGAAUAUGUGGGAUGUAACUGUGAUGUGAUUGGUUGUUUUGUAACGCCUGUGGGCUGUACUAUGUUUGUGGAUUGGGAAUAAAAGAGACUGUAUGUGACAGUACAGGGAGUUCCUGUUUUAACCCUCAAAGUGAAGUGUCGUCUCAUUAUUGGGGGAAGGAUUUAUUGUAUGCUGUUCCAGUUUGACUGCUAGGAGAGUAAACCUAUUCGUAUGGUUCCUAUUCAACUGUCUACAGCAUUCAUAUGCUUGGGAGAAUUUAUUUGUUUCUCCGGUUCGGUGAUUGUGGUGUCUGCCAGAGUGCUUGGAGUCCUCAGGAAGCGCUAGGAGCAUCCUUCAACGGAGGUACCCAGUCGGGGUGCCAGGUGAUCCGUUACACUAGCAAAUACAUAAAAAUCAAGUGCGUUUUAUGAAAUCAAAAACUGUCAUUAUGGUGAGGUUUGGAAAGUCCUGCAAAGUAAUAUACUGUUUAAGUCCAGCACAAUACACGUUUCAUUCUACUCCUAGUAUACUCGAAUUUCCAUGUCUGUGGCAAUAGAAACACACAAACACUUUGGGCAGCAGGGAAAAUUAGUUUUUAGGCAAAAAAACAGCAGUUUUCAUUAUUUUUUUUUCAAAAUAGGCUCUUUCACAUGGUAGUUUAAAUAAAACACGUCCACAAGCCUUUAUUUCAAGGUAGACUUAAAUAGAUGUAUCUGUGCGAAUGCCCACCCGUUUUUCCUGUAAGUCCAUGGAAGCAUUAAUUCCUUAAAUUGAUGUAUUUAGGAUCCGUCUUCUGGCAAGCGAAAGUUUGAGUUUAACAAGGAAUCUACAAGCCAUGCUCCUGCCAAGAAAACAGACAUCAAGGAGUCACCAUCUCGUCCAAAAGAGAGCACCUCCCAGCCAGCCACCAAAAAGAUGAAAGGUAAUCACUGGUCUCUCAGGAUUGAUCUAAAAUUAAACAGUGAGUUAUUUACAGUGCACGAGGGCUGGACUCAAACCAUUUUACCAGCUCAGAGCAACCAACUGUUAACAAAUUUUCCAUGAUGCUUGCACAGCUGGUAUGUUCUGCAGUAGAUAGAGAGAGCACCACACAAUUUAUAGAGCUCAACCAACUGGCUAUCCCUAAUUUGGAAGUUUUAUAUGUAACGCAAAUAUAAUUGUUUGCGUUGUGGUAUAUUGACAAUGGGGCCACUCUAUUAUUCUAAUUUGUGUAGUAAUGUCUGUAUAGUCUUAUAGUUUGUGUAGUAAUGUAGAAUACAGGUUUCCUCUAGGUUGAUAAAUACAUGUGACAUUAAAGGGAUCCUAUAGUGCCAAGAAAAAAAACAGUUUUCCUGGCACUAUAGGGUUAAUAGCCCCCCUCCCGCUGGGCUGAAGGGGUUAAAACCCCUUCAGCCACUUACCUUCAGCGCCGGGCUUCCUCUGCACUGGUGACCUCUCCUCCACUGCCGACGUCGGCUCCCAAGUGGAUCCGCAUGCGCGGCAAGAAGCGCGCGCAUUCAAACACGCCCAUAGGAAAGCAUUACUCCAUGCUUUCCUAUGGGGAUCUUAUUUGACGCUGUACUCUGUGAGGAAAUCCAGUGUCAAAUAAGUGCGAUUUACUAACUGAGUCGCGGAAGCGCCUCUAGUGGCUGUCAGGAAAACAGCCACUAGAGGCUGUAUUAACCCUGCAAUGUAAACAUAGCAGUUUCUCUGGUCUGGGUGCCUAUAGUGGUCCUUUAAGAAACUGAGUCUAAUGGUCAAGAAGUUCACACCAUCUUUUUUCAAACAUUUGUUUUUUCAGUUCUAGUUAAAAUGAUUCACUGCCUCUUCUAACAGGGAUUAAGUCCAUAAAUGCACUACUUUUACAACCAAUGAUCCCAGCACACACUGUCUUUGAUCGCCUAUCUAGUUUAUCUGUAAUGAAGGCAGUGAGAGCACACAGUGGAUCUAGUCCAGCUGCUCUAUCUCAUUGCUACACGUUUUGCACCUGCUAAAGACAACCCAACGCUUAAUCUUUAAUAAUCCCCAGUGUCUACUUGGAAACUGGAAAAAAAGCUAAACGUACCUUUCCUGGUUGCAUGCUAUUAUUAUUACUGGGAUUAUCUCUAUUCUCAAAUCUAGACAUAACUGCUAAUUCUGGCAGAUUCUAGAAAAUAAACUUCACACAAAUGGUGGUGCUCUUGCAUUUCUCCGUGGGCUGUUUUUAGAAUGUAACUAUUCCACCAGACUGUAAAAACCGUUGGCAUUCUGUUACUCUUUACGUAAAUACUUCUCAGUGAGUGUUAAAGGAACACUCUAAGCACACAAGACCAAUUUCAAUGAAGGGGUCAGGGUGCAUUGCCCUACGGUUUAGCUAAACUCUGUAAAUCGUUGCAGUUUUGGGCAAUUUUUAAUUUAAAGGGCUAUACAAUCCUCUAGUGGCUGUUACACCAGCAGCCACUAGAUGGUGCUCAAACAGUGAGAACCUCACACAUUAUUAUUUAUAGAGCAUCAACAUUGAGAGAGAGGCCGCAGUGAGAUCUUUGCACUAUAACCAUUGAUACCAUUCCAUUUACAGAUGAAGUGGCUAUGGUGGUUAGUUAACCCUUAACAUUUUUUGUUUCAUAUACAUUUUUGAAAAUCCACAAGUCCCAAUAUCCCAAAGCAAAUAUCUGGAGUCUGAUUUGCAUUAUGGAAAACUUGGUUUCGUGGGGGGUUGGCACAGUUAGCUGUUACUUUUGUUCUUUUGUGGGUUCAGGUUUUCAUGUUCCUAAGUUACUUGCAAAAUCCACCUUAUUCUGUGAUUCUGUUUCAGUUGAACCUUCUACUGCACCUGCAGCAAAGAAAUCUUCACCCCCAGAGAAGCCGUCUCACAAAAAAUCCCCCUCUGCCUCCCAGCCUGUGGAGAUGGGGCGCAUUUUGCAAGGGACAGUGUUUGUGCUCAGUGGGUUCCAGAACCCUUUUAGAUCUGAUCUACGGGACAAAGCGCUGGAGAUGGGUGCCAAGUACAGACCAGACUGGACACCAGAUAGUACUCACCUCAUGUAUGUUCUGGGAUAAAAUCAUAUAAAAUGUUUCCUUUUAAUUGAAAAGCUCAGAUGUAGUUUAUAGGAGGACUUGAGAUAACACAAGCAUUCUACACACAACAAUAAAGGGUUAUUUGAUGAAGUCCCAAUUUGCCUCUGUAUUGUUUCAUUUAAAACGAAUAGCAGAUUUGACAUUAAAUAUUUUAUUAUUUCUGAAAAAAAGGCAAUUUGAAGCAUGUUCAUUGAUGAGAUCCAAUGCAUAAAUUUGGUUCAAGCUAGCUGAGAUUUGACAAACAAAAUGUCCAGAAUGUUAAAUUCAAUACAAAGGAUAGGAAUCUGGACAUUUUAAAACCCAAAUUGCCUGCGGAUUCAUCAGUUCUGGAAUAUAUAUAGAUUGGAAGCUGAAGUCCCAAAUAAGAAUUUGUUGCAAGUUUCAAAAUUUAAAAAAGGAACAACAAAAUACUGAAAUGGUGACUGCGAACUCUUUCCCACUAAUCCUCUGUGCUCUUCCCCCAUUAAUAGAAUUCCAAGGAGAUGACCUGCACACCUGGUAGCUUUGGUCAAAUUGCUGCCCCCUACAAGAUGGAAUAUAAUCUCUGCUUAUUUAUUUUUCCAGAUGUGCGUUUGCCAACACCCCCAAAUACAGUCAAGUGAAAGCAGCAGGAGGCACCAUCGUGCGCAAAGAGUGGGUCUUGGACUGUUACAAGAAGCAGCAGCGUUUGCCAAGUAAAAAGUAAGAGCGUCUUGCUCAUCCAUUCCAUGCAGCCAUGUGAAGGCAAUAAAGCAUCUUAUAUAGUUGAAGAGGGAGUGCUCUGUUCUCAUUGGUGGCAUACAUUGACUAGUUGCUGAUGUAUGAUAAUUGUAGAGUUAGAGGUAAUGGUUACAGAAUGGAUAUUGUUUAAUGCUUUUUAAAAAGAGCACACAAUAUGCAUUUGUUAUAAAUUAUUCAAAUCCCCUUCCUAACUGCCUAAAAUCCUACUUGCUCUAAGCUGCAGAACAUGCCUCUGCAUCUAAGCUGACCUAUGGGGCGCCCUUUUUGUUCACAAAUUUCCGUGUUUGUGAUGGACAGCGCUUAAUCAAAAGCGUUGUAGAUACAUGGAGAUUUUCAAUACCACAUCUUUAACACUUACUCAACUAACGGUUUAUUAUAUAUAUAUAUAUCUCUAUCUCUAUCAGCUCUAAAGACAUACCUGUAAAUAGACCUUAAAGGACCACUAUAGGCACCCAGACCACAUCAGCUCAAUGAAGUGGUCUGGGUGCCAGGUCCAUCUAGGGUUAACCCUGCCUGGUGUAAACAUAGCAGUUUCAGAGAAACUGCUAUGUUUACAUUAGGGUUAAUCGAGCCUCUAGUGGCUGUCUCAUUGACAGCCGCUAGAGGCGAUUCUGCGCUUCACUGUGAUUUUUCACAGUGAGAAGACGCCAGCGUCCAUAGGAAAGCAUUGAGAAUUUACCCCCUUCCUCCCCCUAGAGCCCGAAAGGAGGGGGACAAUAAGUGUGGGGUGGACCUACUAACACUAUAGUGCCAGGAAAACGAGUUUGUUUUCCUGGCACCAUAGUGGUCCUUUAAUUAAAAAUAUAUCUAUCCAUCAUAGCUAAAUACUGGAUCUUUCACAAAUUAUAUGGCAAAACAUAUUGUGCUAUUAUGUGAUACAAAAUUGAUAUGCAUUUUCAGGAAGUGUAUAGAGUGGCUGUGUGAUUGACAGCCAAGGGACGUGUGGCUAGGGCUGCAGAUAUAAAUUCAUUUAACAUCUAAUCAGCAGAGAGUUGAGUAGUGACAUUGCAGGGGCAUGCUCUAUACAUGUAAACCACAUCAGUAAGCUAAAGUGAUUUUGCUACUUAAACUGACCCUUCAAAAUUGUAAAUACCAAGUGUACAUUAUUUGUUGUUUUACUGAUGACUGGGAGUGUUUUUAUCGCAGAUAUUUGAUGACCACGGCUGAUUCCAGCAGUGAGAGUGAGGAUGAUAGUGAUGACAGUGAGGAAGAUUUGCCUCCCAGACCAAAAGCCCCAGCCCACAGAACGGUAAAUAUUCUCUGAAGUGUGUGCAGGUCAUAGUAUACUCCUACUCAAUAUUCAUGUGCCCUUGUCAUAGUUUAGUUCUACCUUUCCAUAGGCACAUAUCUGGAAUACCUUCUCUUAUAGAUUUCUGUUGAUUGUUUAAUUCUACAUUUCCAUGUAUACCAUGAGAAUGAUGUGUAAUCACAGGAACUGGCACAUAUCUUAAAUACCUUCUCCUAUAGACUUCUGUGCAUGAGUUUUCUCCAGCCUGUUAAAUCAGAGAAGUGUCUAAAACCACCACUUUUACAAAGGAUACGCAUUUCUUCACUGCAGAAUUAGGACAGCCAGCGUGUAGCACACCAAUAAUAGUAAGCUAUUACCAUUGUUCAAACACCACGAUAGUUGUAAUGCAACCAGCCGACAACUCAAGUUUUAGAGAUACAGUUACAGUUCAGCACCUUUAAUCUCUUAGCCAAAAGAUUAUGACCCAUGAUAAUAUGCAGGAUUCCUCCAGUAGUUGCUGCAAUCAUAUCAUCCAUCGAUACUUAACGAAAAGAGCUUUCGCUUUUUGCAACAAGAAAGAUUCUUUACAGAAAGAAUAUCGAUAUGGACAUUAUUUCAGUAGGGCAGAUUUGUAUAAUUUGUGAUUAUUGUAUAAAUAUUAAAGGAGUUUAUUCAGGACGAUACUGGAUUGUAAUUUUGAAGUCAUUGCAAAUAAUUGCUAUAAUUUUGCAUCAAGAGCAUCAGCAAGGAUGUCCAAAAGAUUCAGCUUAAUAGACCUGGGUUUCUUUUCACCUCACUUGCACAAGGACAAGGGAACUUUGCUCUCGGUCUUACUUGACACCAGUGCCAUCUCAUUUCAGAAUACAGAUUCUGGCCGAACAAACCACAAAAAUCAAGGGUCCAGCCCCGCCAAAGCAAAGCCAUCUAAAGUCCCUGUAAAAGAGGAAGACCCAGAAGAUGGAAAGCCCAAACCUUUAGUGACCAAACAGGAGGAUGAAUUUGGUGCAAGUACAGAUGAGGAAAACACAGGUAGAUAGGUGAUGGGAACUGAGCUUUAAAAAGCACUACUACAUCUUACUUGUAUUGGGAAUUAAUAAUCUCUAUUUUCAGGAGUUGAAAGAAAGCUAGCGGACGGCUCAGGAAGUGACACAGAGGAUGAUUUAGGAGGGUAUGUACAUUGUUCUGUACUGGCGUGUGUAUUAACACUGUCCAUUAAAUUUCUUACUCUGUAAAUAAAACACAUGUAGAAAAGCUGUGUUGACAGUCAGCGGCUCUUUCCUAGCCUCUCAUGCUGGAAUAAUGCUAAAGACGUUACAUUGAAUAUUCACGGUUGCAAUUAUUGAGCUCUGUUCUUUGCAUGAUUCUCGUAUAAGAGUUAUGAAUGUUAUUUUGUUUCGGGGGUUUUUUUCUCCUACUUUUUCUUCUUGUAAGCUUGUUUGAGAAGGACCUUCUUCACCUCUAAAUAUCCUCUUAGUAUUAUUGUGAAGUGUUGUGCAUUAUUUUGGUGCAGUAUAAAUGCUAAUAAUAAUGCGUUAUUAAAUGAUUUUCUUUUAUAUUGAUUCCAAAGUUUCGUCUUUGAUUCCACUAUAUGUGCUUGAGUUGAGAUAUUUUUUUUUGCCUUGGCUUGUUUAAUAUGCCAGCAUGUACAUCAAAGAAUCUUACAGUAUUGCACUGUAAUCCUGAUCAGUCUGUUUCCAGUGUAUGGUGGUUAGGACAGACAGCACCACUACAUGUUUGGUAUUGGUUGAUGGACUGAUAAGAAAGCUUGUGUUGGCAGCCUUGUUUAGGUUAAGCAGUAAGAGGAUGAGAGAGGAUAAUUUGAGUCUUUUACUGUAUGCUUUGGGAUUCAGGAUCAGUGCUGCCAUGGCAGAGCUUGUAAGAUUUUUGAGGGAGCUUUAGUAUUUCAUAUCUCCUUUCUGGAUUUUAGGCCAAAUGCUGGUAAACCAGUAAAGAAGGAACUCAUGUCAAUAGAUGAUCCCUACGCAGGCUCAACAGACGAGAACACCGAUGUGGAAGAAGAAGCUGAGGUUGAUCUUCCCAUUCCUGAACUACCAGGUGCGUUUUUUAUAUAUCAGACCUUAAACGAAGAAGAAAAUACUUGAACACUAUCCCAAAUCCCUAUGCACAUUUAAGUAACUGGAGGUAUUUGUAAUAUCACUCCAAUGGCCAUUACAGUGUAAGCUCACCUUCCACGUCAAGGCAAAACCUCUCGGUGAGUCCUACAUCAUGGCUCUCCGGAUGUUGCUGAACUACAACUCCCAUGAUUCUCUGAUUCUUUCAUCCAAAGCAUAAUGAGAGUUGUAGUUCAGCAACAUUUGGAGAACCCUGUCUACACUAACAAUUCACUUUGCUGCUAUUAGUUCAAAGGCAAAAUCUCUUAACGUGACAGAAAACUUCCUCACUGCAGCAGUCAAAUUUUGGUAUAAGAGUGGCCACCGCAGCCCAUUAGGCUUUCCUAUGGGGAUUUUAACGAUGCUGAAUGUCCUCAUGCAAAACGUGAUGACGUCCAGCAUCCGUUAGGCGACCAAAAGUCUCAGUUACUAGAGGCAGUCUUAGUCCUGCAAUGUAGUUUUGAAGUUUCUUAGAAACAGUAAUAAUGAACAUUGUGGGGUUAAGGAGACAGUGACUGCACCCAGACCACUUCAGUAAGCUAUAGUGUCCCUUUAACCAUGCAAUCAUAAUUUCUACAACAUUGCAGUGUUAAAGCUAAAGGACCACUGCACCUGUGCCACUUCAAUGAGAUCAAAUGGUCUGGGUAACAGUUAGUGGUCCUUUAACAUGGAGAGGUACUUUUAGCUUUUUGCUAAUUUCUAAGUGUUCUGGGGUCUAGGUGAUUUUAUUACAUAACAUAAUGGGUGCUCAAGUCGGCUUUGGAUGGAUGAAAGCUUGAGAUGGACUUGCCAGGAAUCGAACCUGUGGUUGUGACAGCUCGAUCCAGUGAGCAAUCACACUGGCUAAAUCACAACAAGGCAAAAUUUUCAAACUCUGAGGCACAAGUUCCAUAAAACAAGAAAAAUAAAAGAUUGUUAAUGUCGUAUUGUAUGCAAUACCUGUAAGGUUUUUAUAGAUUUUCAGGUCACAUGAACCUCACAUUUAAUUUUAUUCUUAUUGUUUCAAUAGCACCAAACACAGUUGAUUUUUUUUUUUUUUUUCUGGAUGUUAAGUAUAUAAUCUUUUCCUUCAUUUUUUUUUUUUUUUUUUUAAUAGAUUUGUUCUCUGGUAAACGCUUCUUUUUGUAUGGAGAGUUCCCUGCCACAGAGCGCAGGACGCUACAGAGAUAUAUAACAGCCUUUAACGGGUGAGUAGGAAGACUCAAUGUGUUGUUUUGUAGAGGGAAUGCAUGCUACAGAAAGGAUGCUACCUGGAUGUUUCAGUCUUUUCUGAUUAACCUCGAAUCAAUACUCUAUACCUUGACUAGUGAGAGAGCUACCGUCAGCAAAUCAUGACUGCUGAGAGUUCAGAAAGAAUGGAGUUUGGGGCUUUGGGUAUGUUCUUGAAUGAAUAUGUGUAAGUGAGGGAAUGAGAGCAGGAACCAGCUGAGGUUUCUUAGAAGAAAUGAGAGCAGGAACUGGAUGUGGUAUCUGAGGGAAUCUGAUCCCUGCUUAUUGGGAUUUUUUUUUUUUGUCUGCAGGGAACUGGAAGAAUACAUGAGUGAAAAGGUGCAGUUUGUAAUCACCUCACAGGACUGGGAUGACAGCUUUGAGGAGGUAAAGUUUAUUCAUUUUUUUUUUUUUUUUUAAAUCAAGGUAUGAUUCUUUGUGAACUACAUAAUUAAAGGGUUAUUCCAAGCAUCUUAACAGCCCGCUGUAGUAGUUAUGAUGCUUGGAGUACCCUGGCCCGUUAAUGGGGCACACUGUUAAGCAAUGGUUUGGCCCCUAACCUUGGUCUGCACCAGACCCUGACGGUCCCUGUUGGUCUGGUGACGUUUUACGGCUUCUGAAGAGCUGCAGAAGCCUGAAGCCACCAACAUUCAUUGUCGGAGAGCGUCAGCUGACUGACAUUCUCUGCAGAAAAACUGUACUUCUGGGUUGGCUGAUGACACCCAUAUGAUGCUGCCAGACAUCCUUCACAGCAUCAUUCUUUCAAUAUAGCUGACCUCUGACAAUGCAGCUGUGUAAACCUAAAGCUGUGCAUGAUGGUAAAUUGGGAACUGUGUAAAACAAGUGCAAUGCUAGAUACUUCGGUGAUCUUAUUGUCAUCUUUUUUUAUCUUAUCACUUUCUUCUUCAUGAGUGCUGUAAUGUCUUCAUAGGAAGAACAAUCUUAACUUCACCUCAAACAGCUGUUAACACUACAUCACCUGAACAAGCAUGCGUUUUUUUUCAUGCAAUAUUAGAAGAACAUUAAAACAUCAUAUGUAACACCAUUUAUUAAUUGACUUUUUGUUGUCUCUACUUUUUAUAUUUAAAUUGCCUUAACGCAGGCUCUGAAUGAAAAUGGCAACUUAUCCUUUGUCCGUCCACGCUGGAUCUACAAUUGCAAUGAGAGGCAGAAGUGCAUCCCUCACCAGCCGUACGUGGUGGUCCCACAAGAGUAGGUCGAAGCACAAGAAUUCUUACUUUGGAGGAUGAAAGAGAAACGCUGUUAAGCAGGAGUCCUAUCAGAUGAUCCAGCCCCAGGACGUGUAGCAUUUGCAGGUUAAUAGGACAAAAGCCACUUUCAGUCUAUAGGAAUGCCAAGAUGAGUUCUCCGUUAACCAACCCCUCAACUCUGGUCUGAGUGACUUUUAUAUGUGGCUUUAAUGUUAAGAGUUCUAGGUAUUUUGACUUUUCCUUUCCUUCUGAUACCAUUUUUAAAAAGAGGUCACUCUUGUGUGAUGUAUAUAUUGUAAAGAAAAGUCUUUUCUUAAAUGUUUGUGGCAAUACCUUAGCCAAAUAUUUUUUUUUUUAUGUGACAUUUUUACUCUCCGGGCCAUAAAAUAAGAUAAAUUGGACAAGUCAGACAAGGCAUUCAUGUUUGGUUUUAUUGAAAAGUAAUACUCGGACAGUUGGUAUCUUUUAAAAUAGGCGGUAUAGAUCACACGUACUCUUUCUGAGAUUGAGCACAGGUUAACAGAGCUUAGCUCCGUAAACAGACACCUUAAUGAGCUAUAUGUAUAGGUCAGGAACCAAACUUAGACCCAAAACCAACAGUGUAAUCCUGACCAACAGAAUACCAAAGUAGUUUACAUCAAACUUGCCAUAGUACAUUAUCUGUGAAUCUGAUAAUGGUGGGUGCUGUUUGAUUAUGGGUAUGAUUGUUAAAGCAAUUAACUCCCAUAGACCAGAAUAGUCAAACUGAAAGCACAGCUGAAUUGGAGAAUUUUUCAAAAUUGUCUAUUUGCCUAAAAUUAGAAAUGUACACACUUUAAUGAAUUGGCCGGUUUCUUUCCGUGUAUACUUGUUUUUUCUUUUUGUUUCCAAAUAGUAAAGUUGUGUGUAAGGAAUUAUGUUGCACACUUUACCAUCUCUGAAUGUUAGGUGUGUUUGAGCGACAGGAAAAUCAUAGUUGUUUUUUUUAUUUGUAAAAGUAAAAUCUCUUUUGUAUAAUACGUAUAUAACUUUCUCUGGGAUCUAUUUAGAGAAACUUCUUCAGAUGACUGUGUUAGUAUGCAGAGCCCUACAUCACUAAAAAUCCAAACCUUGUAUAUUGUUGGUGUUAUGGUAGAUUUGCACUAUUAGAUGUUGGUGUGAAAUUAGGAGAAGUAAUGUUUCUGCUAACCGGUUUAUGUAAUUGUAAACUUUUCUUACACAAUUCCUCUGUCUAUAUAAAGGGAGAAAAGAUACCAAGAGGCAGCUCUGUGUUCUAACCACUGAUCAUUUUGUAUAAUGUUUCUGAGGACCCAUUUAUCAACAGGAUCCUUAAAAAGUUACCUGUCAAUGAUCACUUUCAUCAGCUUUAAAAGUUUAUUUACAGUAAGAUAAUAAAAUAUGGUAAAAAUGGGCAAGACAAACUGUAUGGCCAUUCGAGAAAGGGCUGUGUGCAUUUCAAACAAGGAUCACUAUAAACUGUAACUUACUGUCAUUUUGAAUAGGUCAGACUUUCUUUUGUGAUUGUGCAUUUGGGCACACAUCAUUUUUAGCCAACAUCACAAUGUGCUCAGGUUUAGAACAGUUCUAGCACAAUGCAAUUUUUUUUUUAUUUUUUUUUUUUAAAGCUAAUCUAAAAGGUGCUGUUAGUCAGAUGCUAAUUUCUUAUCCCCUAUAUUUAACUGUUUGACAUCUAGAAAAUAAAAUUAAAUGUAGAAAUGUUCAUGGAUGUAUCCUAGAACUGAGCUCAUCCUCUCUGUCAAUCAUGGUCCUUUAAUGGUAUGAUUGUUUUGUCUAGACAGAACAACAACAUUGUUACUGGUAAUUGCAUUGGUUUACAAGUUCAUUCUUCAAACUGGAAAUUCAGAAAUAUAAAGAAACAAAAAAAAAAAAAAAGACUGAAAUGGCCAGUCAGCAAACUGUAAAGAACACUUUUUUUUUUAAAUUUAGAUAUGUUUGCCAAAAACGUGUGUACAUUUCUGGUCUAGUGAAGAAUGUAAAGUAUUUCACCAUAGCCCAGCUGCAUUGUAUUUGCCUUUGGUGUAGGUGCUGCUGUAAAACAUAAGGCAGCUUGUUCCCUGUGUUUAUGGCAAGUCACAAUGUUAUACAAAUAUUAUCACCAAACACAUUCACUGAUGUAUAAAAGAGAAACUAAUUUUGAACUCCAAAGACUCCAGGACCACUUAGGGGGUCUAUUAAAUGAACAGCAAGUUUUACAAGAUUGUUCCUAGGACUGUGUAACUGAAUUACUAUUCUUUACCACCGACGCUUCCAUCAAAUGUAAUGUUAGGUUUGCUCAUGGGUUGAAGUGAAUCAUCAGGUAUAAAUAUAGACGUACACUUACCAAGAUAAGUUUAUAAUUUAACAUCUCCGUAUCUCCAACUACUGAAUUAUCAGACGUAUAUUCUUUAUCCCAGAUUUUAGACACUUGAUAACUAAAAUGUGCAAGGCAUUGCAGAUGAGGUCUCUUCAAUGCUAUUGAGAGGGGGAACUCAAACUUGGAUUCAGCAGUUGUGUUUACAGGUGCCUAAAAGUUUACCGGACGCCAGUCACAGGAACUCUGAGCUAAACCUGGUCGUGCAUGCAUUAGCUCGUUGGAUGAGAGCUGACCCUCUCGGCCAAUGAGCUAAACCUGGCAUUGUGAGGAGGAAGGAAGCAGUGCACACCUCAGGUUAGAACCAAAACUGUUCUAAAUCGGCUUGACAACUUACAGUGUGGAGCACCAGCACACUGCUGUCACCAUCACCACUAUGGUGGUUAUGGUGUUUUGCGUGUUCAAAGACAUUUCCCCCAAUAAAGCAAGGAGCAAACACAAUCCUUAUCCAUAGUUCCUGCAUUAUAUUCCUUUCAAAUACUUGCAUCUAGUACAGUUUUGUGACACUGAGGUACACUUGCUGAUUUGCUAAAAAUAACAUUUAACACGAUUAAAAUGCAGUAGCUUCAGCUGCGACAGCUUUCCAUAUAAGAGAGAGACAUGUUCAGAAUGGACUUAUACAAACGUAUUUAUUUUCUUUUGCUAAUGCAUUGUUAGUAAUAUCACAUGGAGAAUUAACUUAACAAAAGCAUCCUACGGAAGGCAUAACAAAACAGCCUAGUAAAGAGUUGCAGAAGAGAGCGUACAUUUGGAAGGUUUUCUGAAGGGUCGAUGAGUUGGGAAAGUCUCUCAUCCAUUACCAGAACAGUAUUCUUACCAGCAUCACAAGGAGUUUGGUGGAAGGAAAACCGUAUAUAUGUAUUGCAGAUCCUCUUUCACCACAAUGAUCCUUUGGACAAGCAGUUCUGGGCUCACUGGAAGGCUAUUCUUGGGUUGUCUGACCAUCAAACUGCUCAGAAGUCAGUCUUGCCCUUUGUAUCUCAGUCCACUCAAUACAAGAGCAAUUUGCUCUCCAAAAUGAUACUCCUGGUAUAUAUGCCUCGCUGAGAGGGUAAAACAGUAAAUUUUAAGUAACAGCCUUAACUAUUUUUGCGAAUUCAUAUAUAUAUUAUUUAUUGAGGUCCUCAUCCUCCAAAACGUCUUUAUGUAUUGUAAAGCCACUGCUGAGCAGCUUGAGAUCAUGGUCUAUAUUAAGCAGAUAUGGUUCCUCUGUCAAUAUGUUAAUCCUCAGGGCCCAAGUGAAGUCAAUUAAAGUUUAUUAACCUUGGCUAAAAUAAUGGCAACAUUGUUUGUCACCAAAUGUAACAGUUUAACAGGCAGUGGGUAGCAGGAAGAGCGUUUGUCGAUGUGGUAUUCUUGACCAGUAGGAUCAUUAGGAGGAACUUAAAAACAAAGUCUAACAUCCAGAGAGAUAAGUCUGUUGGCUUAUUCAGAGAGGAAACUUUCAAACAUUAGAUUUUUAUUUUAUUUAUUUUAAUAGCUAUUGGUUGUCUCAGUCUUACAUCUAUAGAUAAACAGACCUUGGAGUAUAACGAUCUGUGAGGGUGGUCGGUUCUUGUAGUCGGGAUUCCUAGACGCAGAGCAUGGUUUCUGUGAAUUACAGUCCCAUCACGGAAAAGGAACGUGUUGCUAAUUCUAUAGAUUCAAAAUUCGGUCAAUGGAAGACAAAAGAAGUAUUUAAAUUAAUAUAUAACAAUCCAUCACUAAUGGUAAAUAUGCACAGUUGAAAAUCUCGUGUUCUAUCUAUAAAUAUAUUUAUUUUUAUAUACACAUUUCUCUUCCUUUAUAGUUCGAAAACCUAACUUUAUUGUGAAUGUCUGCACUUUUCAGACACCAAAUAGCUGCUUUGAUACACGCUGACACAUUAUUGCAAAAGCCAGAAUUUGGUCAGUCUGUUCCAGAGCAGCAAAAUACAACAGCUAUCAUGGAAUUUUUUAUUAAUUUUUUUUAAAUUCUAGCAAGGAGUGUGGUUUACUGCUGUGACCUUUUAGCAAUGGGACAAUAAGGCAACAAGAUACCUUACUGCAGAGGUAAAAGUAACCAUGAACAUAUUACCCAUGGCCUGGUUUACAACAUCAAGUAGGUCACACGUGUUCUAAACAAAUAAGCUUCUUCAAAAAAUGGCCCCCAUCAACCACAUAGCUAUGGCAGCCUUUACCAUGACUAUAAAUACUUCCAGUGGCUGACAUAUUUAAUAAGCAAACAUUGUCUUUUUUUCCCCAUCUCUGAUUUCUUACUAAUUUAAGUAUGGUCAAAAGAAAUGAAAAAAAAUUGCAGUCUUACGUUAUGGUCAAGCAUGACUCCUUUCUCUUGCACCAUUAUAAUGCCUCGUUAGCCAGUGUCUAAGACCAACGCUCAAUUAUCAUCACAUUUCUUAUUCUCAUUCAAAUGUUAAAGAAAAGCCAUCAAAUGACUUUUAUCCCAGUUGAAUGGUUAUGUUUACUUAAAAGGGAGAGAGCAUGCAUUCAACUGGUAGUAAUAGCGACAGUUUCUUGACUAUAUCUAGAGAAAGAAACCAUUUAAGAUUCUGGCAUAUAUUUGUGCUGGACCUACUGCUUGCAAUACUUUCUCAGGUAUUAAAAUUAGGGUGCACCCAUGUACCUUCCUUAGAAGAAUAGGAUCUACAAAGUAUAUGAAACUGGAGUUUUCACCAGUAAUUAGGUAAUUUCCUAAAAUGAAUAACCGCAGAUAAAAGAAUACAUUUUGAAAGUCUGAAAUAUGUAUUCAGUAUCACAUACAUCAAGGAUUAGAACUGCUGACUGCACUCACCUAUUGACUAAACUCUAAUAAAGCUUAUAAACAUCUUCCAAGUGGAAUUUCUCAAUCCAUGCUACAGGGAAACCACUUAUACGUUCUGUAGAUGAUUUAUAUUUCUUUAUGAGCCAAAAGGAAACAUUACUGCUGCUUUAUAAAACAAAUUAUAAAUCCCAGAAUACUCUUUUAGAGUACUUCAUGUCUGUCGCAUUGUCUGCUCUUCUGUGAUAACGUAAGUAUUGCUCUGCCAUGGGUACUGAACUACAGGUUUAAAGAUCUAAUCUGGUUGCCCUUCUCACACAGCAGCUAACCUAGGAGAAAUGACAACAAUGAGGCAAAUAGCAUGUGAUGUGACACACAUCAUGUUCUAAGGCUACCAAAUGUAUUUUGUGGUUUGGCAAGCUAAAUGUUUAUCAGAUAUAGAGGAUAACUUUUAAACAUAAUAAUGUACUAUAGCUGGGUUUAUUUUAACAAAAUAUGUGUAACAAAAUUAAACUGAAGUUAUUUUAAAGCACACCGCUCUGAGGCACAAUAAGAUUAAUCUUACUUUCUUUGGUCAAGAUAUAAACGCUUUCAAAUAUAGUUAAAGGAACACUAUAGGCUCUCGUUGAAGUGGUCUGAAUGCCAUGUGACCCCCCCUUUUAACCUGCAGGAACAACAACGUUUACAUUACAGGGUUAGCCUGCCCCUACCGGCUGUCUAUAUGAGCUAUUCCUUAAAAUAUUUUAGUCGAAUGGUCUCAGGAAACCAUCUGACUGCCACAGCGUUUCCUAUGGAAAAGCAUUGGAUUGGUUGAGAUAAUCAACACUGCUGGAAAAAAAGGCAGAGCUACACAAGAGCGCGACGAGAGCUGAAAUGUAAGUAAAUCGCGCUUUUUUUUUUUUUUACCCUGGCAGAGUUGGCUCGGUAGGGCACAAUAGCGUUAGGAAUACCUAUUUAUACUCCUAAACUUAACCCCUUAAGGACACAUGACAUGUGUGACAUGUCAUGAUUCCCUUUUAUUCAUAAAGUUUGGUCCUUAAGGGGUUAAAGUGUUCCUUUAAAUUUUUCUUAGAAAUGGAAUCCAGCCUAACACGAACUUACAUGAAUUUGGAGAAUGUAUAAUGUACAUUCCAUGUUACCAACGUUUGCUAUGUGAGCAGUGUCAGUCUGGCGCUGAUACAAACUGUUUUAGACUGUGUACCAGCAGCCCAACGGUGGCCAAGUUCAACCAACUGGUUGUCAGACAUAACAUUGACUAAAAGCUUUGUAUUGCUAUAAAGUCAGGACCACAAACCUACUUGUGGUUCCUCAAAAGAUCGUGUAGGAGACACUAAGUUUAUCUACUAAACAGUAAAUAAUAAAAUGUAGUCAGCAAGUUCUGAUUUGGAAAAACCUCCAAUUUUCAAGAAAGCUUGGCUAUUUUUUUUUAGCCUACAUUUUACAGUUUAGUUUAAUUUAUUUAAUGCAGGUAGCAGUGGGUGACUGCAUGCUUCACACUGCAAGGUCCACUGUUCUCAAUCUUAUUUGUUUUGUUUUUUUAAUGAAAUUGUUAAACAACGAUAUUCAUUUAAAAUCCUUGACAGGACUUCUGCAUUUAGAACGUCGGUGUGCAAAAAGCAUUCUUUGGCAGACCUCUAUGCAAUCAAAUAUGUCACAAAGAGGGUUACAACGUUCUAAAUGUGUUCUAAGAAAAGAACAAAUUAAGAGACAUAAUUCCUCUUUAGCUAUAUUCCUACAAGCACAUUUUUCAUUGAACCAUCUCCAACAUGAUAUAUACGCUAGAUGUGUCGGACAACAACAAAAUAUAACAAAAUCAUAUGCAGCCCCCAAGGAAUUGUAGCUAUAUUAAAGAAAUCACGGUAAAUUGCAUGUACCCCAUUGAAUUUAACAUACAGAAAUCAAAAUGUUUGAUUCAAAAGUAUAUAUGUGCAAGGUUCUUCAAAUUCCUACGAUAAUCUACAAAGAUGAGCCCAAUUGACGGAAAUGUUGAGUAUUUUCUGCAAUCAAAGUUACUUAGAACUCCAAAUGAACGGUCACACAAUGGACUUUGCAUGGUACUGCUCAGAAUCCGAUACAGAAUAACUUUCAACCACCCAAGUGGUCUGGGUCACUACAGAUUUUUUUUAUAUCACUCAGAGCCUCCAACUACAUUACGGAAAAUGAUGAGUGAUCCACAAAAUAUAUUUGCAAAUUGUACAAAUAUGGCCUUCAACGGGACCAAGGGAAGUAGGAUAAAAGGGCAGAUUUCAAAUCUAAAAAUGGAGCAAUCGACUCAAAUUUGAGAUCCAAACAAUUCACACUUUUAGGUAAUAAUCCAGUUGCUAGAAUAUGACAUUAAAAUGCUAUUUUGAAAAGGUAUUAAAAAUGUAAUUUCAUACAAUACCUGGAUUCUAUACUUGUUGUAAUACUGUCUCAACUAGAAUGCCUGAUCCACAUUUCCAUAUAUUCAAAGACAACUCAAAUCCGUAUACUAAGAAUCUCUGCUUCCCAACUCUGUAGCUAGCAUUUGAGCAAUGAUAAACCCCUUAAACACCUAUAUUAACUGCAACACAUUCUGAUCCACAGACCUUUUUGGAAACCACAUCUUGGGUUCACUGAACGGUGCAAAACAACACAGAUUGAUUUUUUACUUGGCUAUUUUGGCUGAAAUUGUGCAUCCUACAUCAAUUCUCCAAAGAUCUCUGUUAAGAGAAUAACCCCAUUUGAGUCUCACCACAUAUUUCUACAUGGACACACAACCUUGGACAACAAUACAAUAUAAACAGAAGAAACAUUGGGGAAAUUACUGUCAGUGAUUAGAGUGCUAUCAAUGUGUCUACGCUACACAGAAUAGGUCUCUUUAUUAGGCAAAAUAUGACAUUGAUCCCACAGGGGCCAAGGGAAAUGUUGCCAAAUUAAAAAUGGCAAUGAAAUGUCCCAAUGGAAUUAACAAACUUCCCUACAAUACUGUAAUAAACAUUUAAAUUUUAUCUGAUAAUUAAGUGCUUUCAAAUCUGUGUUAUAGGACUUAUCCUUGAUGUCACACUAUGUUGAUGCCUAAAUACAUGCUAUCCCUCACUGCGGAGGCUGUAGCAAUGGUAACAGGCUUUUAUAUUCUAUGUAUAGUGUGGAUAUUAACUACAAUCACUAUGAAAAGAAAAAAAUAAUAAUAAUUUGUGCAAGAUGGGUAUACAACGCAACUGGAUUUAUUCACCAAAACAGAAAGUGUUGAGAAUGGACAAGGAAAUUGCACAUUUCUUUUAUAAAUAGCCAAAUUGUAAAAUGUCUACAACUCCACUAUAAUGGCAUAAAAGUCACAAUCCCUUGUUAAUUCUCCACAAUUCCUCAUCCUGUACAUAACCUCAAAAGAGUUGAAAUUUCUCCUACCUCCAUUUUUCAGGAGAAAUAAUUUAAAUAUAGAGCUACACUAUUGAGUCACCACGUUUUAGCCGCUGCUUCUGCGAAAUUCUGCAGACUUCUCACAGACUCUGAGAUUCUGCCAAGUUCUAUGAUGUUGCCGUCAAGUGGACUGUGGUCAAUUGUUGGACAACGACCAAGUCAGAAGUAUAUUUGGCACAACGCAGAGUUUAUUGACCAGUCCCUUGAGAAUUUUACAGCAUCUUGGAGAUGCAGCACUGCCAAUUGACUGUUGGAUAUUGCAAAGGAAUUUCACAGGCACCCCCAUAUAUCCUCACCCCCAGACUUUUCUUCCUAUGAUUAUAAUAUUGCUUUUCUUCUUAGGGUCACCUUGCUUGAGUCUAACACCUACUCUGUGCCCUAUUUUCAGACAUUUGCCACAGGAUCCCUGCCUAUUUCUCGUGCUGUAUGUACACAGCUCCUCUCUCCUCUUCUCUACCUGAACUUCUGAUGUCCAUCAUCUCCUGGCUCGGCUUCCAGCAAUACUGGGCCCCAAGUUGGGGAGUGUCCCGCUUGGCAUGGAGUUUUUUGUGGACGGUGAGGUAACUCUGCUGAAGGAAACUCUCGCCACAUUCUGAGCAACUGUACAGAGGCUGUUGAUCGUGCGAUCUCUGAUGAGUGACUAAAUUAGACAUGAGGUUAUAACGCCUUGGACACUCUGUGCACUUGUAGGUACGCUUGCCCCUAGGCAUUAAACUUUUGUCCCUAUUCCCCUCACUAGACUCACUUUUCCGUGGCCUGCCUCUUGCCUUGGGAGCUGCAUAAUCUGAACUUGGAAUAGAAUCCAUAAUACUGCCCUGCUCUGCGUGGCUCUUCAAGUGGUAUAGUAAGUUUGAUUGCUGUCUGAAUCUCUUACCGCAGCACUGGCAGGAGUAUGGCAUCUCACCAGUGUGAGUACGCAAAUGGAUCAUCAGGCUAGUGCGUUGACUGAACUGACGGUUGCAUUCAUGGCAACGGUACGCCCGCUCUCCAGAAUGGAUCCGUUGAUGAACCAGCAAAUUGGAUUGGUGAGUAAAUACUUUGUCACAUUCAGGACAGUGAAACUCCACUUUUGUAUUCUCAUUUGGAGGGGCAGGAGACAUUUGGCUUUUUGGGUUUGAGUCCAAAUGCAUCCAAAUAGGUGCAUGCCCAGGUGUGGACUCCAUAUCAGAUCCAAUACUGUUUUCCCCUCCAGACUCUAUUCCUGAAAGUGUUGGAGAGUUUGGUAAGUGUUCUGUGGUGCACUUGAGGAGGCCUUGCACUGUAUUGGUCUUAAUGUGAUAAAGCAGGUUGGACUGUUGACGGAAACGUCUCCUGCACUGCAAGCAUGAAUAGGGCAUCUCUCCAGUAUGGGUUCUUAGAUGAACCAUCAGACUUGUGCGUUGACUGAAUUGCUUUCCACACUCUUGGCAGCGGUAGGUCUUGUCGCCUGAGUGUAUACGCUCGUGGACUAAGAGAUUCGAUUUGUGAUUAAAUGUCUUAAAACAGCUUCUGCACUUGAAAGAUCUGUCAGCUGAUGGAGGAAUGGCAUCGGUCCCUGAAUUGACACACGGAGUGGCAGGGGAAAUUUCAGUCAGAUUUACAGUCUGUGGAGGGUCAAACAGCUGCCCACUGUGGUUGAUUUGGCUCCCAUCUGUGAAUGGAAAAAAUGUCCAACGAGCUUGGCCAACAGUGGAUGGUUGAAGCAUCAUCAUGUCUGGCUGAUUCUUGCCAUUCUCCUGUUCUUUGUUUGUCUCUUUUCUCGGUUCUGGGGAAAGGUCAUCUCGGAAAAGUUCCUGAUGAUUCCUGAGAUGUUGGAUCAAGUUUGAUUGCUGUCUGAAUCUUUUCUCACAUUUCCAACACUGGUAAGGACGUUCACCAGUGUGAAUACGCAAGUGGACGAUCAGGUUUGACUUAUUAUUAAAACGUCUUGGGCACUUCCAACACUUGUGAAUAGCUUUGCCCGUUAAAAGAGCCAUCAUAGGACCUUGUCCUUGACCUACCAAAGGGUUUUUUCUUGGCCUUCCUCUUCCCCUAAUCUGGAAAGGACCCUUUACAGGUACCUUCUCUGCAGUAAUGCCUCCUAUUCUUUGAAAUCCAGUGCUAUUUCCUGGCUGAGGAACGACAUUUGACUCAGAGCCAUUUGGAAUGACUGGGACACUAUUUCCCUCAGUACGUGGAGGGAACUUAAAAAGGGGCUGUGGAAACCCUUCAAGCUCAUGUCGAGAAGACAGCAUGUUCUCAGUGUAUGUAUGUGGAGGACCCCUAUUAAUGGGGUAUUGGACCUGAAUUUCUCUGCACUGCAUUAUACUAUUUGGUUGUUCCAUGUGAAGCUUUUGGUGAAGUAGGAGGCUGGAGGUAGUGGGAAACCAUUUUGAGCACUGGUUACAUUGGUAGGCCCUCACCUGGCCAUCUUCUCCUCUCACUCCUCCAACACUGCCAAUGUUUAAAAGUUGUGGAUAUUCUCCUCUGUCCACAUACUGGCCCGAUGGCCCAAUCAGCUGACCAGACAGCUUCACUGUUUGCUUAUUAGCACUGCCAGAGGGGACUUCUGCUUUCAAGUCAAUUAGUCCUGCAUGACUCUUCAUGUGGUAGAGAAGAUUGGAUUGCUGACGGAAACUCUUUCCGCACUGCUGACAGGAGUAUGGCAUUUCUCCUGUGUGGCCACGCAGGUGAACCAUCAAGCUGGUUCUUCUACUGAAAUGUUUGCCACAUUCUUGACAUCUGUAUGAUCGGUCCCCUGUGUGAAUACGCUGAUGAACCAUGAGAUUGGACUGAUGGGUAAAGCGUUUGAAACAGUGGCCGCAUACAUAGGGUCUUUUACAAGAUGCAGGUUCUUCUUCUUUGCCACCUUUAAGAACAGUACCUUUUGUACCCCAAACCUCACUAGUGGAUUCAUUCCCUUCUGAUAUGAGAUACAUCAAAGGAAGUCCUGGAGCCCUGUUCUCUUCACUCCACUCUAUUCCAUCAAGCUCUUCUAUUCUCUGGUGGCUCUUCAUGUGAUGGGUGAGAUUGGAUUGUUGUCGGAAGCUCUUGCUACACUUGUUGCAGCGGAAUGGUGCCUCUCCUGUGUGAGUUCGAAGAUGGACAGUGAGGCUUGUACGUUGGUUAAAUUUUCUUCGACAUACAUGACAUGAGAAAGGCUUCUCACCUGUAUGUAUACGCAGAUGAGUAACCAGAGACGAUUGUUUGCAGAAGAUUUUGUCACACACGAUGCAUCGGUAUCUACGCCAUUCACAUGCAGUCUCAUCUUGCUGAUCUGACUGAACAAGCUCAUGUCCGAUUCCUUGGAACUUAUCUUGGUUGUGGGUUUCUUGAUGCUGUAAAAGCUCAGAGAGAUCCUGGAAAACAAAAUUGCAGAAUGAGCAUUGGAACAGACCCCAAUAUCGUGGACCUGGCUGUUCUGAAGUGCCAAUUUCUUUUCUUUUGUUUUCAUCUAUAUUCCUUGAUUGUGUGUCAACAUUAGUCCAACCCUGAGGUCUAGUGAGCAUCCCACUUUCUUUGUCUACUUUACCAAAACUUGUUGGCAUUGGUGUUGCACCAUGCAAAACAGGUUGUGUAUUGGAGUCUUCUGAUAUUCUUACUACCCGUGGUUCUGCAACACUCUGUUCCACAGUACUUGGCUCUGUGGUUCUUGGCUUCUCCAAAAGUGUUAAGGAUGCUGGAGAGCUUUGACCAGCAGGGUAUCCAUAUUGCACAGGUGCAGGACCAGGCUGGCAAACUGUUUCGGCUUCCAGCAAUCGGUGUCCUGGUUUAUCUCUCCAGCGGUUCUGGUGCUCAUCAAUGCUACUUAACAUGAGUGGGGACUGUGAAGGUGUCUGACCUUCUGGCAUCUUGCCAAGAAGAGGAACAAAUGGUCUCACUUCUUCUGUCCUUAUACCAGUCCAACAUUCUGAAAC